UCCCUCUGUUCUAGUUUACAAACUCAGAGAUGGAAAAUAUCGAGUAUGAAUUGCAAGUACAAUUGGUUUGUUUCAUUUUUGGCUUUGGAAAACAAGGUGGAUUCUUUCCCCAUGAGAUCAUAUCCAGCGCAUUCAGGGGUGAGACGGGGCCAGGGUUCUUUCAGGUGCAGCAGGCUUUGGUCUGCACCAGGGAUCGAAGCACGCCAGGAGUUGCAGGGUGCUGCAGAGGAGCAAAUGAAAGGGCUACCGGCAGACACCUUCGCUCCCCAAAUCAGAUAGAAGAGACCUCCUACGACUAUUGGGGUGCCUCCAGCAUUGAGGACUCCUGCUUGGCAAGGAUUCUCAUGAGGAUUAAAUGGGCUGGCAUUCAUAAGGCUCCUAGGACCUGCUUGGUGCUUGAACAGAAGUCAAAUGUGCUAAUUCGUGGUUUACAUGGAAUACCUCCAUUCCUGCCUCUACUUCUGUCUCCACCUGCUGCCACUGGAAGGGUUGCUUGGAGCUUUGUGAUAAUCUUUACCUUCAGCCAGGGAGAAAGGAGAAGGCUGCCCAAGGCAGGGAAUGCUUGGGGGAGCAUCCUGCAGGAAUGCGCUCUGUGGACCUUGCUCAGUUCAGACCAACAGGUGUUCAUUGCAUUCCAGGCCUGUUUGAUUCCAGGAAUGCACAGAUGAAGAAACGGAGACUUGGACAACGGGAGCAUCUUGUCUGAGCCACAUGACUGGUAAGCAACAAAACCAGGCCUUGAAGGCAGUUGCUCUGGCCCCAAAAUCUUGCUGCCCACAGGCCGCCUCCCUGCCCGGAAAUAUUGCCACAGUCCCACCGGCUGUCUGCCCACCCUUAGGGCGGCUGCAGAACUUUCCCGCAAAUUAAGGAAAAUUUAACCACAGACAACUGGAUGGAGGAUUUUAACAAGAAUUAAUUACUGGGGCCUAUUAUUCGUAACACAAAAGGGCAAUUUUCCCCGCAUGGUUGAGGCAAGGAUAGUGGAUUUUGCAAUAGGCUUUGGAGAAGGAAAUUGCAGGUUUCGUCACUUGUCACCUUUGGCCCACUCUCUUGCCACCUGCUGACUUCAAGAAAAAUUUGUCUGAAGAUGAGGAUUAAUGUAAUGGCCGAUUCCAUAACUUCUGUACGUUUUGGAUGAAAUUUGAUCAUUCUGCUUCACAUUCCUUCUCCUCACCUGCUCGGGAAAGCAAAUUGAAUUCUUUGAAAGAAAAUUCAGUCCAGACCAGAACACACACAGAACCAGCCCCUCUUAAAACGUAAGGGGCUCGUCUUAGUCACAAAUACUUCUCUUCUGGUUUGUUUACAUUGCACGGUUUAUUCCAUUAAGGUCCAAUUUCAGGUACUCAGUGAAACCCAGAUGGCUCGAGGCUGGCUGCCCUGAAGAAUCUAACCACCCAUAAGUCAACAAUUUCUUAGACUAACUUCCUUAAGGAUUCGCUUGGAGUUCCCUGGGAACUCUGCUGGCAGAGGGCUUACUAACCUCCAGAGCUGCAGGCUGUUCUUUCCCGAGUCAGCCCAUCUGAGCCGGGCAUCCAUUUGCUAACCCAGCUUCCCAGCCGACGACGGGCUCUGUGCAGCCCAGAAGGAGGCUCAUCCCUCCUUUAGGGCCUCCUUGAACCACUUCUUCC